GGGGUUGAAUACAUAUGCAAUAAACCGCUAAGUCCAAAUGUGAAGGCAGUGUGACUGUCCUCCGGGGACCGGGUAACACGCGCCUGCCCCGCACACAGGCGGCAGCGCUCAGCUGACUGCACAUUAUGACCACCACGUGUUUCCUGUGAGGGCGGGGCCAGGCGCGUGACAGCCAGUCUCCAUAGAAGCACCCAGUCUGGGAUAGGCGGGGCGGGCGGAGGUCGCUCGGUGUCAUGUGAUCACGUCUCGUCUCACAAGCGUUGGUUGGUGUCGUGCAGCUGCAGCCUCCGCCUUGGUGUAAUGGAUUUCCUAUUAGGCAACGCGUUCGCGACGCCGGUGGGGCAGCGGAUCGAAAAAGCCACAGAUGGAUCUCUGCGUACUGAAGAUUGGGCCCUGAACAUGGAGAUAUGUGAUAUUAUCAAUGAGACGGAAGAAGGGACUAAAGAUGCAAUCCGUGCUCUAAAGAAAAGAAUUGUGGGAAAUAAGAACUUUCAGGAGGUUAUUUUGGCCUUGACGGUACUUGAGGCUUGUGUGAAGAAUUGUGGGCACCGAUUCCAUGUACUGGCAGCCAACCAGGAAUUUGUUGAAGGGGUGCUAGUAAGGACGAUCCUGCCUAAAAACAACCCUCCAGCUAUAGUCCACGAUAAGGUGCUUAAUUUGAUACAGGCUUGGGCAGAUGCAUUCCGCAGCAGUCCUGAUCUAACGGGGGUGGUGGCUGUUUAUGAAGACCUGAGACGAAAAGGACUUGAGUUUCCAAUGACAGAUCUGGACACGCUAUCUCCUAUUCAUACUCCUCAGCCUAGUUAUGUCAAACCUGAAGUUGUGCCGCGACCAGAUUUGUCACCUCCUAGUACCCUUCAAAGAGGAGGUUCAGUCAGUCACCCCGAGCCACCCCCUUAUUCAGGUCCGGCUCAGACAGGAACUUCCGGCGAUGCUCCGAUAAUCCCCACAGCUGAACAGAUAGCGAAGCUGCACAGUGAAUUGGAGGUGGUGAACGGAAACGUGAAAGUCAUGUCUGAGAUGUUGACUGAAUUGGUUCCCCAGAAGGCGUCACCGUCUGAUUUGGAGUUACUGCAGGAAUUGAACCGUACAUGCCGAUCCAUGCAGCAAAGAGUCCUGGAGCUCAUACCUCGAGUGACCCAUGAACAACUCACAGAGGAGCUUCUUAUUGUGAAUGACAACCUCAACAAUGUUUUCCUUCGCUAUGAAAGGUUUGAGAGAAUGUUUGUUGGUCAGACUGGUAGAGCCGCAGAAAACCAGAUUCCAAACAACAGAGACGCCUCACCAUCUCUUAUUGACCUAGAGACCACCUCUACAGUGGCCCAAUCAUCUGCUUCCUCUCUAUCUGCACAGCUAGCCAGUAUCAAUAUGAGUCCUGCAUCUGUGAGUGGAACCCUGAAGUCUCUGGAACCAGGAAAGAAACCAGAAGAUGAUUUUGAUAUGUUUGCACUUACAAGAGGGAGCUCUCUGGCCGAGCAACGCAAGAGUGUUAAAUAUGAGGAUCCUCAAGCGGCAGAAGGACUUGCGGUGGCCCUCGAUACUCGGCAGCAGAACACUGGUGCAAUUCCAGGUACUCAAAACAACUUCAUGGAUGACAUUGAAAAAUGGCUGUCUGUUGAUGCAGAAGAUGAGAUUGAGGGGGAGGAAGGUGUUACAAGUGAAGAAUUUGAUAAAUUCCUAGAGGAACGAGCAAAGGCAGCAGAUCGUGUUCCAGCAUUGCCUUCUCCUCCAACUGAUGGCCCUAGAGUUGCCUCCAGCACAGGGCGGGAUAAGAAAGAGAAAGAUGAAGACGCUCUCUUUGCCUUGUGAGUCCCUAAAUCUCUGUCUGGAGCUUAUGGACAUCUGGGAAAUCUCACAGAUUGCUGUAAAGUGGAACUGUCCAGUAGGAGACUCUUCUGAAGCAAAGAAUGUUUCCUGUGUUACUAGGAUCUUCUGGAAUAUGGACACCAUGAGUAACACCAGACCACACAGCUGUUUUACUCUGUUGAUUUGAUCUCUUGUGAUGUUAGCUAAGAUAGCUACAUGUCCUGAUGCUUAAGACCUUGUUGGUUGGACCUUUGCUUUCUUCUUGUCUGGAUAAUUGUCUAAAGUGGAGCCAUUGAUUAGCACUACAAACCUGAAGCUAUACGUCCAACAGUCACACCCAACCACCUACAGAUUGCACUACUGGAAAGCGUAUCCAACUAAACAUACAAUGGAGUUUGAUCAUAUUAUCACUACCACCUUCCUUUUAACACCAAAAGUGCCUUCUUGGUCUUGAUUUGCUUUGUUAAAUUUUUUUUUUUUAAAGUGGUGCCUCAGCUAAGAGGUUUUUCUACAUAUUAGGAGCAGCACGUGGCUAUUCCAGCACUAUAUAUGUUUAGGUACGGGAAAAUG